AAACCGAACGAAUCCCAUGUAUUCUUUUUUUCGUGUGCGGAUGUGUGCGUGCCAUAUUUUCUACCCGCUGACAUUUUUUCCAAGCUUCAUUUUUGUGCAGCUGAAAACGUUUUUCUCUCCAUUCCUCGAAUUGGAGCUGGAAAAAAUUGUAUAAAAACUGUAGAAACCCUGCCGUAGCGAUUAUUGGCAUCCGAAGUGUAGGCUACAGGUUUUCACCUCCGCUUCGAAAUGGCCGGCGGCGGAUCCGGCACGAAGGUGGUUCAAAUCACCAACAUUGCCCCGCAGGCGACCAAGGAUCAGAUGCAGAACCUGUUUGGGCACGUCGGUAAGAUUGAUGAGAUUCGUUUGUACCCAACGAUUCGCGACGUUUCCUGUCCGGUGGUGUCCCGGAUCUGCUAUGUGAAGUACUUCGAGAACAGCUGCGUAGCCGUGGCCCAGCACCUGACCAAUACGGUGUUUAUCGAUCGGGCGCUGAUUGUCAUCCCGGUCCAGGGUGGAAUGAUUCCGGAUGAAUACAAGGCUCUAGAGAUGGCUGCCAACGGUACAUUGGUUCCGGGACUGCAGAACAUUGAAGGACCGACCAAGCUGCCCCCGGAAGUCGUCAAUCGCAUCGACGGAAUGGUGCCUAAUCAGGUGAUGAAAACCAUCGAUCCGAAGCUGGACGAGAAUAAUCUUCCGGAGUAUCCACCUUUGCCAGUCAAUUUUGACGCGAAGAAAAUCGAGGAAACCCGCCGCACUCUUCUGGUGCUGGACAUCAAAUCCGACUGGCGCUUGGAGGAACUCAUGGAUCAUUUUAAGUUGUGUGGCGAAAUCAAGUACGCUCGGUAUGCCGAGAAUGAGAGAUCGCGCUUCGCUCUGUUGGAGUUCUGUGAACAAAAGAGUAUUAUUCCGGGCCUGAAGCUGCAUGGUUCCGAAUUCCGGGGUUAUCGUUUGAAUGUUCAUCAUUCGACUCAGCCAAUCGUGAAGCCGGAGGCCAAGAGCAACGAGGCAGCUCAGAAGGAGAUCGAAGAAGCCAUGUCAAUUGUGAAGGAAGCUCAACACAUGAUAUCGGCUGCGAUCGAUCCAGUAAUCGGAAUGUUGGCCAAGGACAAGAGCGCAAGCCGCCGUCGGUCGCGUUCGCAUUCCCGUUCGAAGGAUCGCCACUCGCGAUCCCGAUCACGUAAACGUUCAAAAUCACGUUCAAAACGGUCGCGCUCGCGUAAACGAUCGCGUAGCCGCUCGAAACGCUCACGGUCUCGUUCGAAACGAUCGAAUUCGAAACGUUCUCCAUCGCGAAGCAAACGAUCGCGAUCGCGUGCCAAGCGUUCGCGAUCCCGAGAUCGUCGCAAGCGCUCUCGUUCGCGCCACCGUAGCCGCUCUCGUUCGCGCGAUCGUCGUCGUUCGCGAUCACGCGAUCGUAAGCGCUCCCGCUCGAGGGAUCGCCGUGAUCGUAGUCGCGAUCGCAAAAAAUCUCAUCGCAAUAAGGAUGAAAGAAGGCGUCGCUCGCGUUCUCGUUCUCGUAGCAGAAAGCGGUCCAAUUCGAGAAGCCACAGUAGCAAGCCGAAGGAAACGACUAGUCGUCCACCCAAGAAGCGCAGUCGUUCGCCGGACAAGCGGUUGAAGAAAAUCUUGGAGGAAAGCGUUUGUCGGGACUACGACGCCGAGGAGCGCAUUGGUGGUGAUGAGGAGGCAACAAAUGCGAAGAACUCGUCUCCGAUGGCGUCUGCUACGGUAGAACCACCGCCACCACUUCCGGCACGCGAGAAAACGGCAAGCCCAACUACGGAAAAGUCGGACAACAUGGACAUUUCAAACUCGCCCUAGGAUCGUUUCCACCACACCAGUGACGCAGCUGUCUCCAAUUGCAGGUAUUUGUCCUAGAUCUGUUUGAUGAUGAAGUUGUGUGCUUUUCCUUUUAAUUAAGAUUGAUAGUGAUAAACGAUAGCAACUCUUCUACUUGAACAAAGUAUAAGAACUCCGUUUCUGAUGAAAAAAAAAAAACUUUCGAUUACUAAAAAUGUCUCUGUAUAAGUGUAUGGAAUGUAUUUAGAUUUGAUUAAUCUAUCAAA